UUCACACAUUUACGCGUUUUCCUGUUUCAAUAUAUUUAUGGUUAUUUUAAGCGUUUGUUAUACUGGCUCACCAAAAUGACAGCAAAUGUACUGCUUCGGUUCCAAUUCAUAUUAUUGGUUAAGUUGAAUGCAGCAAUCUAUUUCCAUACAUCGUCCUAUCUAGAAAUAGCACCACCGGACGAGGCCAAAGAUUUUGGUUUAACUAUGGCUUAUCAUUCUAAUCAGAGUUUAGUUGUCGGUGCACCCUACAGCGAUCGAAACGGUAAAGUCUAUACAUGCCCGAUAAAUGACGAAGUAUUGAAAAACAGAAAAGCAAUGUGCACGCAAAUUCCUAUAGACAUUGAUAAGGAGGUUCCAGACCAUAGCAGAUCACAACGUCAUGAGCAGAGCUAUGGUCUCGGAGCAUCUAUAGCUGUAACUCCAGAUUAUAUCUUUACCUGCGCUCCGUUGCUCACUCAAGAAAUUAAAACAGAGGACGGUCCACUAUUUGAGCCGUUUGGGACGUGUUUCAUAUUUAACGGCACAUCCACAAGCCGCUAUUCUAGCGAUAAAAGGCUAUUAAACGGAACUGUUGGCUGGAGAACGUUGGCUGAUGUCGACAACAGAUUGAUUCUUAUAGCUAAGCAAAACGGACCGCUUAGUGAUAUACACUAUAUUUUCAUGGACAAACCAUCAGAAGGGGUAAAAAUCGUACAAGAGACAACUACCAGCGACAACAGAAAGCAAUAUAAUUCAUUUAUUAAUAAAGGUACUGCGUUCGCUGCGGGUAACUUCAUAAAGGGUUACCCAAAACUAUAUGCAUUUAGCGCCGCGGAGACAAAGAAUUAUCAGGGUUUGAUUGCGUUUCUCUGGUAUAACGUUGCUGCCAAGAAACUAGAGUUGUUGAAAAGUGACCAACGUGAUAUUGCGUUGAUAUUACACGAUAAAGUAGAUGCCAUGUUCGGUUCAUCGCUUCACAGCGCGAACGUCAAUGCUGAUAAUUACACGGAUUUACUUGUGGGAGCGCCUGCGCAUGUUAAUAAUACAGGAGGCUAUGAAAACGGUGCCAUAUACAUUUAUUUAGGCGGGGAGACACAUGUUAAAAGUCAUUUAAUUUUGACUAAACUAUGCAUAUACAGUACCAAGGACGGCUCGAGAUUUGGAACAAGCAUUGCAACGACCGAUCUCGAUGGGGACAGCUAUCCAGAAAUUUUUGUAAGCGCUCCUUUCGAAGACAACGGCAAAGGCACUGUUUACAUUAUUUCUGGACACACAGUUCAUAACCUACUAAAAAAUGGUGAGACGGAGGUCCAUUUAACGGAGUUAGUCUACACGCAGAAAAUACAAAAUUCAAAUUUACAGAGCUUGGGUUAUAGCCUCCAACCUUUACCGGUGCCGCAGUUUGAUGAAUACGGACAGUACUUUUUGGCUAUUGGUACACUUUUGAGCGGCAAAGUGGCAUUAUAUCGAAGUAUACCUGUUAUUACAGUGGAAGUUAAAGCAAGUCUUAAGGGUACGAGAGUGCGUGAACAGGACAACAAUUUUACGAUGUCUGUGACCAUUGAAAUUACAUAUCCAUCAGAAAUUAAAGUGAUGACUGGAAAAAUCUUACUAAGUACAAGCAUAGAUGGUGACGCAGCGUGGAUAGAAAACGGUGCCGAUCAUGACAUUUUGCUGUCCGAAUUAACACCGUUUAAUGCUACAAGUGCAGUUUCCACUACCGACAUUUUUGUUUCGUUGGGUCACAACCGAAAAGGAUUGUAUAUAUUUACGGCAUCAGUGCGGUCCGAUACCGACAAUUUACAAAGAUCAGAUUUUGAUUUCUCAUUGGUGGACAUAAGUCCACGUAGUACAAAGACGGCGACGGUUAAUUUGAUGCGGGAGUGUAAGGAGACAUUGGAAGAAUGUAUUCCCAAAUUGUCCCUGAAGUUUGAGUGGUUAGGCAGCAACGAAACUCACUAUACCGUUGGAUCGUCAGAUAUAGAAACCAUGACUCUAGCCAUUCGCAAUGAAGGCAACGCAACAUUUGGAUCUUGUGCCCGCAUCAAGGUUACAGGUGCUCAGAUUGCAUUUUUGGAGGCUGAUAUGGAGAAAGAUGGCUGGUACAAAUGUGAUUUAAUUGAUAUAAAAAGAAAUACGGAGUUCAGAAUACCAAUACGCCUGGAUAUGAGCAAACCGACAAAUAAGGAAGGAGGCCUUUUGAUAAAGGUAGUGCUACACAAUACGUGCACUUCAAACCUAAACGCAUCACAUUACAGAAACUCUAUAGCUUACGAGUUCAUUACGGACGAAAUUCACUUUAACAGUACCCACUUCAAACACGUUAUUACGGACCGUGAAAUAGAAGACGUCGAAGCGAGCCAUAACAUUGAAAUCAACGAAUUGUAUACGAUUACAAACACAGCUAAUAUGUCAUGGAGUUCAUUACCACUGGAUAUUUAUUUAGAAGCGGAACCUUUCAUCGCAGACUUCUUAAUACAAGUUGACUCAGGAGACUGUCAAAAGGGCGAACUUAACCUUAAAUAUAACUGUACCGUGGACCUUAAACCAGAUUCCACAAUGACAGUUAAGAGCACUGUAAUCAUGUUUAAACACAAUAUUAUGGACAGCUUAAAAAACGACACAUUAAAAAUAGUUUCUCACUUAAAAAUGGACAUGGUACCGAGUUUGAAGACACUGGAAAAUAUGUACAUGACAGAAAUUUUGUACGAGAAAACCAUUGGCCUGGAAAAUAAUAUGUACAUAGUUCUUGCUAUAUCCAUUUUGGUGGGUAUCUUCGUUAUGGCUAUCAUUGCCAUCUUCCUGUCUAAGGGCGGGUUUUUCAAGAGGGCAGAGAAACAGAAACUUGAUAUGCUGAAGCAUGAGAUACGGAAGCAGAGUAUUCGUCGCGGUCCCACUAUCGGUUGCGAUCCCCAGGUCAUAGUGGAACCAAAUCCUGAGCAGUUAGACGAAGAUGGCGGCUUAGCAGCAAAUGCCAGCGAAAACGAAAUUAACCCGCCUGGCGUCGUCGGUGUCACCCAAAGAAAAAAUGUUCCAACGGCUAAGCAAGAACGUAGUAAUUCUAGCAGCGGGUCGGAUUAAGCCUAAAUAAGAUAAGCAUACUAAUUAUCGUCUCCCCACCAAUUAUUAAGACCUAUAAUACAUAUUUAAUACUUUGUGGCACAAAAUAAUUUGUAAUUAAAUAAAAUAGCUGUGAGAACCUAAAAUAGUUAAAUUGAAAUCUGUUCCGAAAUUUAUCACCAAUCUAACUCAGUCAAUAACUGGGAAAAAGGGGCCUUUUGGCUUUAUUUGAAAAUUACUAGCACUAAGUACUAUCACUGCUUUCCUUGUUUCUCCCCUAU